AACUGGUGGAAAAAUAAAAGAAACAAUAUUGCGCUUACUUGGACUCAUAAAGACAGAGGAGAAAUAAGGGUUCACGAGAAUUUGGAGGAACUUAGCACUGGCUUGGUAGAUUAUAUAGCUGAGAUAUCAGAAGCGUCGAUUCUAAAACAUGGUGCUUUCUGCAUUGUUUUAUCAGGAGACUCUCUCAUUAGCUUGGUGGGAAAAUUGAUCGAAUCGCUUUACAACAAAAUUGUAGAUUGGGAUAAAUGGUAUGUUUUUUGGGCGGAAGAGCGUGCGGUAGGUAAAAGCCUUGACGAUAGCCACUACAAACUCGCCAGGGAUCAUCUUCUAAGUCAGGUAAAUGUGUUUCCGAGGCAUAUAUACUCCAUUAACGACAGGCUAUCAGUCGACAAAGCUGCAACAGAGUAUGAGUUCGCCAUCAGACAGAUGGUGAAAAAGCGAACUGUGAUUCCAUCUGAGAACAGUGAAUGUCCCAAGUUUGAUCUGAUCUUGCUAGGGAUGGGCUCGGAUGAAGUAGCCUCGCUCUUCCCGAACCACCCAGAACUCGAGGUGAAAGAGGAUUGGGUUACGUACCUGACCAACUCACCUAAACCGCCACCAGAGAGACUCACAUUUACUUUGCCAGUUAUUAACUCAGCUGCUAACGUCGCUAUAGUGGCAACCGGAGCAUCCAAAAGCCAAUGCUAUCCACUUUGCAAGUCUCUUCCUGCACGUCUGGUCCAGCCGAGCAACGAGAAUCUGGUGUGGUUUUUGGAUAAACCAGCAGGAUAUAAACUUGACGGGUUUAAAUCUCUCUGAAUAGAACUUAGACCAGCUUCUUGUUCCAAAAGCUAAUUGUUCUUUACAUUAGUGAUGACCCUUUUUGAAUGAAGAGCAACCGGUUUAGAAACAUGGACCAUUUUUUUCAACUUUUCUAAUCAUGCAAGUUUCAACAAAGUACAGUACCAGGUCUAGUAACUAUAACACUAACAUAGUCAAUAACUUCAUAAAACAAUCUAAUCUCAAAACUCAAUGAAGUUAUAAUCUGACACAACUCAGGCGAAAACCAAACCGUAAUUCUACAGGAGGAAGGGGUGGGAGUGAGAGAAACCGGCAAAAGCUUACUUUCAUCAGGGAUUAUCAUGGCUUAGAGCUUCGGCCUCAGCUCUUGCCAUAGGAUCAUCUUUGACCUCCGUAUCUUCUUCCAUCUCCCCUUGUCGGUCUUGCGCCAGUUUCUUCCUGUGAAGUUCCUCAGCAGCCUCCAUAGCAGCCCUGUUCUCAGCUUGGAUCUUGAGUAUCUCCUUUUCUUGUUGCUGCCGCUCAAACCAUGUGUCUGCAUCCGCCCAAACUGAAAA